UCGGGUCUAUAUAAACCAGAAAAAAGCCAACUCGUUUGACACAUGUGAAGGAAACUCAACUAUCCAAAGAUGAAAUUGUCCCUGAUGUUCAUAGUGGGCUGCAUUACUGCAUCUCUCUCGUACGGACAGCCUCCAUUUCAAUGGCAGCAGAUGCGUCCGGCAUCCAGAAAUCGCCAAUUUAUGACGCUGAUCGAUUUUCGGAACAGCGAUGCUGAUAAUGUUAUUGCCGAUAACGACCGCUGGGACAGCGCGGAUGAGCCUUUAUGGCGUCAAGAGGAUGGUGGCGUUCCGCAUUUGCGUCAGUAUCACCACAACGAGAAUGUCAAUCAAUUUUAUUACCCAAUGUCACCGUCAUUUCUUCCGACGCCUGUUAGAGAUCACGGACGAAUCAGCUCACGCCAGAAAACUCGUCCCUUCAUUCGUCCAUCAACUCCAUCAGACAGCACCGACAUGAUGGCUAAUAAUGCUCGUUUUUUCGCAUCGUUCCCUAACUUGUUCUUCCCGUCAAUGUUCUACUCUUAUUUGAGCAGUAUUAGCACGUCUGCCUAUUCAACGUCCACUUCGUAUUUGAUUUUGAAUUCCACUUUGACGACGACGUUGAUUACUUCGUGCAUUCCAAUCUCAUCGUUCAGCGCUGCCACAUUGGCUAAUGUGGCCUGUCGUAGGAAAAGGCACCUGAUGGACGAAGCUGUUGUGGCAGGUGAUGAUGAAUUGGGCGUCUUACAAGGCCCUAAUUAUCUAUCGAAUGAAGAGGAACAAUGGAUGGAUUCAUCACUGGUCAACAGUUUAGGAAGAACAGUGGACCCAGAGAUUCUGUCAUCGAAGGAGACGGAAGUAACCGGUACUCAUUUACCGCAAUAUUUAUUACGUCAGGCACGUUCAGCGCGUUAUACCAUUACGUCAACGUUUACUAGUUACUCUUUCUUUACGGUCAAUUCAACUAAAACUGCUUUUCUGGGUUCUUCCCUUUUUUGCAUGCCCGGUGGUUUCAAAACUUGCUAAUAAUUUUGACUCGUCCUAUUUUAAAAUCUUGGUUUAUUCAUCUUUAAAUGUUUCUGUUGGAACGGCUUCCAGAAGAGCCACUAAUAAAUUUUUAAACUAUUA